AUGAAGGAAUCCAGGAGAACUCUGGAAAUCGUCUCCUACAAACAAGGUCCUAAUAACCCUCAUCCCCGAAAUUCCCAGUCCUUAAUGUCUCAAUUCCAACCCUCCAAGCCCUCGAACCCCACUGCAACAACACCUGGGAAAAAAGCUGUGAGAAUUUUCUCCCCCAUUCCUUACAGCCUGAUUCAACAACACCAGCUGCACGUCUUGGCCCUGGUGUUUGCCGUGGAGCAAAUCAACAAGGACCUCAGACUCCUGCCCAACAUCUCCCUGGGAUUCCACCUCUAUGAUAAUUUAUUCCGGGAGAGGCUGGCCGUGGAGCAGUCUCUGUUGCUGCUCUCGGGCGCGGGGCGGACAGUUCCCAAUUACAGUUGCGAGGGGCGGCGCAAGCUGGUGGCCGUCAUCGGGGGAAUCAGGUCGACCUUGUCCGUUGCCAUGGCCAACGUCAUCGGAUUCCACAAAUUCCCGCAGAUCACCUAUGGCCCCUUUGAUGCCCACCUGAGAGAUGUGGUGCACUUGCCUUCUCUCUACCAGAUGGCCCCCAGGGACACCGCUCCGGACCUGACACAGGAGAUGAGAAGACACGGAAUCUGCGUGGCCUUGAAAGAACAGAUUCCUGAAACUGACUACUAUGGCUCAGAUCAAGCAAAAGAAUUGUUUAAAAAGAUGAAUGAUUUGUCGGUCAAUGUGGCGGUUGUCUAUGGAGACAUAGACUCCAUCAUCAUGUUUAAGGACUACUCACGGGGCUACUACAAAGACGGGGACCUGGUGAUUGGAGCGCUCUUAGCUCUGAAUGUGUUUGAGGGAAAUAGACCAGAAUUUAACAAAUAUCCUUUUUGGUUUGAUGAUCGAUUCGCCCGCAUUUACCAACACCAACUACACGUCCUGGCCCUGGUGUUUGCCGUGGAGCAGAUCAACAAGGACCCCAGCCUCCUGCCUAACAUCUCCCUGGGAUUCCACCUCUAUGAUAACUUAUUCCGGGAGAGGCUGGCCGUGGAGCAGUCUCUGAUGCUGCUCUCGGGCGCGGGGCGGACAGUUCCCAAUUACAGCUGCGAGAGGCGGCGCAAGCUGGUGGCCGUCAUCGGGGGAAUCAGGUCGACUUUGUCCGUUGCCAUGGCCAACGUCAUCGGAUUCCACAAAUUUCCCCAGAUCACCUACGGCCCCUUUGAUGCCUCCCUAAGGGAUUCAUUACAGUUCCCUUCUCUGUAUCAGAUGGCCCCCAAGGACACUGCUCAGCAGCAGGGAAUAGUCCAAUUGUUGCUGUAUUUUGACUGGACCUGGGUCAGUCUCAUUGUUUCCAAUAACGUUCAAGGUGAAACCUUCGUCAGGGACCUGACACAGGAGAUGAGAAGACACGGAGUCUGCGUGGCCUUAACAGAACAGAUUCCUGAAACUGACUACUAUGGCACAAGACAAGUACAAAUAUUGGAUCAAAAGAUGAAUGAUUUGUCAGUCAAUGUGGCCAUUGUCUAUGGUGACAUAGACUCCCUCAUCACGUUUAAAUGGGUUGUCACUUGGGUUGGUGUUAAAGGGAAGGUUUGGAUCAACCCAGCUCACUUUGAUGACACUGUCAGUAAUAAUUACCUCCUAUCUGACAAUUACUUCCGAGGUUCUUUGUCAUUCUCUAUCCACACGGAUGAUAUGCCUAGUUUCAAAGAUUUCCUCCUAGCAGUUAACCCUUCUAAAUACCCCAGUAAUGUUUUUCUUAAGGAUUUCUGGAAAGUAGCAGUAGGUUGUUCCUUUGAAUUUUCAGAGCAAUGGGGACAUAGAGUGGAGCCUGACUGCACAGGAAAUGAGAGCUUUGUCAGCCUAAAUUUGCAGAAUACUGACAUGGAGCUGACUGGGCUGCGGUACACUUUGUACUGCGCUGUGUAUAGGGUGGCACUUGCGCUUCAUGAAAUGCUUUUGUCCAGGUCAGAAAUGGAAAUGUCUGGGACAGAGGACAUAAUGGUGUCUCCUCCAUGGCAGCUCCAUUCAUUCCUGAGGCGGAGUCAGUUCAACGUCAGCACCGGGGACCAACAAUACAUUGAUGGAAGCGCCCAAUCAGUCCCAAGUUACGAUAUCCUCAAUUUACAGGAACUCCUUUGGAAUCAGUGGAGACGAGUGAAGAUCGGAGAAUUUAAGCCUCAGGCAUCUAAAGGGAAUGACUUGAUCAUUGACAAGGAGGCUAUUGUGUGGGGUAUAGGAUUCCACCAGACUCCUCCUCGUUCCAUGUGCAGCAAUAACUGCCUCCCUGGAUUCAGAAAAACAGCUCGGGAGAGGAAGGCCGUCUGCUGCUAUGAUUGUACCCUGUGCCCCGAGGGUGAGAUUUCCAACCAAACAGCUUUUACGUUGGGGCUUUUUAUCAAGCAUCGAGACACCCCCAUUGUCAAAGCCAACAACCGCGGUCUCAGCUACAUCCUCCUCAUCUCCCUCAUGCUCUCCUUUCUUUGCUCCCUCAUCUUCAUUGGCCGUCCCAGCCCAGCAUCCUGCAUCCUCCGACAGACUGCCUUUGGCAUUAUAUUCUCCGUGGCCGUGGCUUCGGUGCUGGCCAAGACCAUCACAGUGGUCCUGGCCUUCAGGGUCACCAAGCCGAGGAGCAGGUUCCGGGGAUGGAUGGGUCCCCAAAUAUCUAACUCUGUCAUCCUUAUCUGCUGUCUGAUCCAAGUGACCAUCUGCGGGGUCUGGUUGGGGACCUCUCCCCCUUUCCCUGACUUCAACAGGCAGGCUGAGUUUGGUCACAUCGUCCUUGAGUGCAACGAGGGCUCCAUCACCGCCUUCUACUGCGUCCUGGGCUACAUGGGCUUCCUGGCCCUGGUUAGCUUCAUGGUGGCCUUUCUGGCUCGGAAUCUGCCCGACACUUUCAACGAGGCCAGGUUCAUCACGUUCAGCAUGCUGGUGUUCUGCAGUGUCUGGAUCACCUUCCUGCCCACCUACCUGAGCACCAAGGGCAAGGCCAUGGUGGCCGUGGAGAUCUUCUCCAUCUUGGCCUCCAGCGCUGGACUCCUGGGCUGUAUCUUUGGGCCCAAGGUCUAUGUGAUCCUGCUGAGGCCAGACAGAAACUCCCGGGAAAAGUUAAUGAGGAAACCCAAUAUCAGCAUUAAGUUCCCUUGA